AUGGCGGUAAUAGUUGACUUGUGGAAUUUGUUGGAUAUAAAACGUGGACUGACAAUAGAACAUUUCAGAAAACAUUUCUAUGCGCGUGUUGUUGGUUUCAUCAUUGUACCAAUUGGCGUUUAUUUGUUUUGGUUUUACAUUCAUUUUGCCAUAUUAAAUACAAGCGGUCCUGGUGACUCGUUUAUGAGUCCAGCAUUCCAAGAAACGCUCCAAGGAAAUGUGAUGGCGCUUGAAAGUCUUGACAUAAGAUUUAAUGAUACGAUUACUUUAAAGCACAAAGGUACUUCGGUCUUUUUACAUUCUCAUUCCCAACGUUAUCCUCUUCGAUAUACUGACGGACGUAUUAGUAGCCAAGGGCAACAAGUUACCGGUUAUAAAUUUGAGGAUGCCAACAAUCAUUGGAGAAUUAAACCUGCAAAAGUUUUUAUGGAUCCUUCACGGUCAGAAGACGAUUUGGUGAAACAUGGAGAUUAUAUAUUACUUGAACACGUCAAUUCACAGUCUCAUUUACUUACUCAUGAUGUGGCUUCACCUUUGAUGCCAACCAAUCAAGAAUUCACGACCAUACCAGUAGAUGAUGAUUCCCGUUAUAACGAGACCAUUUUUCAAGUUUUAAUAGAUGAUGGUGAUUCAGAUACAGUAUGGAAAACAAAGUCUAGUUAUAUACGAUUGAUUCAUUUUGAUACAAAAGUGGCAUUGUGGACGCACGAGAAAGCGUUACCAGAGUGGGGCUUUAAACAGCAGGAAAUUAAUGGAAACAAGAAUAAUGUAGAAAAGAGUAAUAUUUGGUUUGCGGAUAAAAUUAUUGGAAAGAAUGUGACAAAGCCUUUGGUUCCAGAACCUCCAAAAAGACAUCUUUCCUUUUUUACAAAAUUUUUUGAAUUGCAACGCCUUAUGCUCAGUCAUAAUUCAGGGUUGACGAAACCACACCCUUAUUCCUCUUCACCAAUCAAUUGGCCAUUUUUAGUACGGGGUAUUUCUUUUUGGACGAAUAACGACGAUAGGCAACAGAUAUAUUUGAUAGGAAACCCCUUUUCCUGGUGGUUAUCUGUUGGCGCUAUGGCCGUUUUGGUUGGUGUUAUAUCCGCAGAUAUUAUCUCUAGACGGCGUGCUAUUCAUCCGAUUUCUGACCCUGUUCGUAAUCGUCUAUAUAAUUCUGGUCUAUUCUUUUUUAUGGCAUGGUUUUUACAUUAUGCACCAUUUUUCUUAAUGGGUCGAUCUCUGUUUCUUCAUCAUUACCUUCCCGCAGUAAUCUGUAGUUAUCUAGUUGCAGCAAUAGUUUUUAAUUUUAUGUUUGUAGAUCAUGUAAACUAUCCAAUUUCAGUCGCUGAUUCGAGGCGGAGACCUCGGAUCAUGGCACGUGUUAAAAAUAUAACAGUAUUUACUUGUAUUAUAUUAUUAAUUGUAUCUGCAUGCGUAUUUUAUUAUUUUUCACCUCUUACUUAUGGUACUCCCGGGAUAGAUCCGGCGGGCAUAAAAGGUAGAAUGUGGCUAGAUAGUUGGGAUUUACAUUUUCAGCCGAAAAGGAAUGAGGUCUGA